UCUUAAAGAUAUGCAUUUUGAGUUGCCUAAUAACAGAAAUGUCAAGCACAUGUUACAUGUUUACACAUAAACGUUCAAAACAAGAAAAUGUUUUAUAUUAUUGGUUUAGGAUUAGGUGAUUGCAAAGAUAUAACAGUAAAAGGACUUGAAAUAGUAAAAAAAUGUAAAAAAGUCUUUCUAGAAGCUUAUACAUCAAUUUUAACUCAUGGAAAAGAAGAAUUGGAAAGUUUUUAUGGUCGUGAAUUAAUAAUUGCCGAUAGGGAUCUUGUAGAACAAGGUGCUGAUGUUAUCUUAAGUGAUGCAGCAACCGAAGAUGUAGCCUUAUUAGUGGUUGGUGAUCCAUUUGGGGCUACCACCCAUACUGACCUUGUUUUAAGAGCUAAAGAAAAAGGAAUUGAAGUUCAAGUUAUUCAUAAUGCUUCAAUUUUAACAGCUGUUGGUUGUUGUGGUUUACAAUUGUAUAGUUUUGGGGAAACUGUUUCAAUUCCAUUUUGGACUGAUACUUGGAAACCUGAUAGUUUUUUUGAUAAAAUCGUAUCAAAUUAUAACCAUCAAUUACAUACAUUGUGUUUAUUAGAUAUUAAAGUUAAAGAACCUACGUUGGAAAGUUUAACAAAGAAAAAAAUUGAGUAUAUGCCACCAAAGUUUAUGAGUGUAAAAGAGGCUUCACAACAAUUAUUAGAAAUUUUACUUGAAAAGGGGGAAAGUUGUAUCAAUGCUGAUAGUUUAUGUGUUGGUUUAUCAAGGGUUGGUGCUAAUGAUCAGAAAAUUGCUGUUACUAGUUUGAAGAAAAUGGCUGAGUAUGAUUUGGGAAAUCCUUUGCAUUCUUUAAUCAUUAUUGGACCACAUCUUCAUCCUUUAGAAAUUGAAUAUUUAGAACAAUUUAAACUUAAUUGUUAAUGUUAUUGAUGUUUUUUUAUAAAGAGGCUAAAAAAUUAAAUUUUUACUUUCUUGCAAAGUAAAGUGCAACAAUUUGACUUUGAGAUUUGAAUGAAUCUUUUGUAUGUUAAGGAGCCCUAAAUUCAUUUUGACAUUUUUAGCUUUAUGCUUGUAUAUUGUUACACCAGGGUUGGUUUAUUCAAAAUAAAGCUAAUCUUCUUAUUAUUCACAGGAAUUGCAGGUUUACAGUGUUAUUCAAAGACGCACAGCUUAACCUGAAAGUUUCUAGGUCUUAGGUCUAGAACUAACACUAGUUUUAGUUUAGUUAACACCGGCUGUGAAAGCAUUUGUGCUUAUGUAAUUUUCAAUUGGGUAAUAUAUAGUUCAUUAUGUUUAUUGAGUGGUCAUUAACUGAAAAUAUAAUAGCAUGUUUCACAAAAAAACAC